AGAUACAAUUAUGUUCGCAUCUAGAUGCUUUAAUGUUGUAGUAUAUUUUAAUUUUACAAAUGUAGUUUAGGCCAUAGUUCGUACACACAUGAGGAAUUUUUACCAUGGUGAACGCAGGGGCUGUAUAUUGUAUGAAUGACUAUAAUAACUUUGAAUGGUGGACUAAUAAUGAUGAAAACACACCAAAUUUUGAUAAAGCUCCGGUCUGGUAUCCUCCCAAAGUCCCAGACUUGCUGGAGGAAGUACACAAAAAGAAUGUAACACACAUAAAGUCUCCAUUUCACCAUUUACGUUAUCCUCAUGAAUUCAAGAACAAAGAAUAUUACAAGUAUAAUGAAUGUGUUGAUGAGGAACCUACAGAUUCUCCCAAGGAACCUGUUUCCGAACCUUUUUCUCCCACUCAAGAGACAAGGAACCUGAAUGUACAACUUCAAGCUCCAAGGCGACGUGUACAGACCUAUCGGGAAUACUUUGACAAAAAGUCUCUUCGUAAGCGUAUUUACGAUGGAGAGAUUGCAUUCUAUGAUGACUUUGUUGAAAUGGAAAUUGCUCGUGACUACUGCAGAAUCUUUGACAAACCUUUCAACGUACCCCGUCAUGACUGGGGAGGUGAAAACUAUUUUUUCGGCGAGAAGAUCGUUGAUGAAGCACUUGAGACACAGGAAGAAGAUGAGAUCCCAGUAGCGAGUGAACCCUCAAGUAGGACCGAAGUGGAGCCUGUUGCCCCAAAACUAAAGGAAUGUGAUUUGAAAAUAAUGUCAAGCACUAAUUUGAGUGAAACUAAGAAACGAGAGCUCCUAAAGGGGGAGAUUCCAAGCUUGUUUUCUACACAAGGGGAAUUUGUAAAGAAAAAAAAGGACAAGUGGAUUAGUUUCCACAACCUGAGGACUUAUGCAUAUAUGAUUGACUCGGUAACCAGGUGUCCUCCCUUGCACGUACAGAUGCAAAAUAUACUCCAAACAGGCUGGAAGAGCCAAUCAAAGAACUCGUUUUAUUACGAAGAUUCCACUAGCUCGGAGACAUUCCAAGAUCCGUAUUCACUAACCAAGGAGCAAAUAGAGCAGGCUAAUUCCAUCUUAAAAGAACGCAAGAAUCCGGUUUCAGAUGAGAUUCCAGAUGUAAACAAGCUAGUAAAGAUUAAAAAAUACAGCAUCAACGAAAAUUGUUCCACCGUUGGUGGAGGCAGAUAUCAAAUUUAG